CGGGGCGACAGACAUCGGGCCCCAAGUAGGGGCGACGGGCAUCGGGCCCCCAGGCGGGGCGACGGGCAUCGGGCCCCCAGGCGGAGCGGCGGGCGCCGGACCCCCCAGGCGGAGCGACAGGUCUCGGGCCCCCAGGCGGGAGCGGCGGGCACCGAGUCACCAGGCACGACAACUGCGGGCACCGAGUCAUCUGGCAAGACUGCGGGCACCGAGUCAACUGGCGGAACAGCGGGCAUCGAGUCAACUGGCGGAACAGCGGGCUUCAAGUCGUCUGGCAAGACUGCGGGCACCGAGUCGUCUGGCAAGACUGCGGGCACCGAGUCG